AAAAAAAAAUUCAUGACCUAUCUGUUUGUCGUUUCGUACAUCAUUUUAUCACGAGUUUUUUUUCUGUAGCAAGCGUUAUUUGUUAAUUGCGUAUUUUUUCUUCUAAAAUCUUAAAAUUUUUCUUUCUUUUUCCUUCAAACUAAUUGAAAUUUAAUUGCAAGAAUACAAAAAUGCCUCGACGUGGACGUUCAUCACCAUCAUCAUCACCAAUGCGUUCAUCGUUUGGUCCUGCUCGGCCAAGUCAACCAAGAAUGGCCGCGGCAUCAAGACCAACACCACCACCACCAUCACAUGCUCCAUCGCAAUCUGUUCCAAUGCGGCAACAACCGGCCGCUGUCGCACCGGCUCCAGCACCAUCACAAGGUCCUGGACUUCUUGGACAAAUGGCUGCAACUGCUGGUGGUGUAGCUAUCGGAUCGGCUGUUGGUCAUACUAUUGGUCAUGCAAUUACUGGAUCGAUGGGAGGCGGACAAAGUGUUGAACAACCUGCACCAGCAGCACCAGCUCCAGCUCAAUCACAAUAUGGAUCCGCUGAACAACAACAACAACAACCACCAUGUCAAUAUGAAAUGAAACAAUUUAUGGAUUGUGCCCAAAAUUAUGAUCUAACACUUUGUGAAGGUUUCAAUGAAGCAUUGAAACAAUGCCGUUUGCAAUAUCCAUCAGCACGUAUAUGAUAAUUAUUAUAAUGAUGCUAGGAUUACUAGCUUAGAUUACAAAUACACCAAAAUUAUAAAAUGUGUCAAAUUAUAAUCAAAAAAAGAGAAAUUUAUUUAGUUUUAUAU